GAACUGUCUCUGAGAACAGGAAGUCAACCAUUGCUUGACUAGUGUUCUUUCGUAUUUCUUCAUUCACAUCGUCUCAUCGCACUAGAACAGCUGCCGAUCAAGCACACUCUUCAGGUUUUUACUCCCAGGCACUUCGCAGAACAAAACGCGAAAUGGCCAAAACCGGUGUGCCAUGUUCCAGCCUCAAGAUGGCAGGCAUAGUGGUGGCCAUUGUCGAGAUGUUUCUGGUGAUUCUCUCCGUUUAUGGACUUUUUCGCAACCUUCAUCUCUUUGGAUCCAGCUAUCUGUUCUGGUUUAUACUCGGUAUGUGGUCCGUUCUUGUGAUCAUUCUCGCGAUCGCUCUCAUGUUAUACGCGAUCAUGACUGGAAAGGCGCGUUGGCUGAUUCCCCAUCUGAGUGCUCAGGUCUUCCUAAUUCUCUUCCUCAUCAUCGUUACAAUUGUCGUCGCUAUCUUGCUUUUAUUUGGAGCUUACCGAGGGAUUCGCAAUCUGCUUGGCGUUUCAAAUUACCACAUGAGCGAUGAAUCAACAUUUUAUCUGGGAAUCAUGAUCCUCGUCAUUUAUCCACUCGUAGCUUUGCUCGAAUUCUUCUUCCUCUUGAUCGUUUGGAAACUGUACAAGCAUUUCCGAGACUACAGCAGCAUUGGACACUAUUCUGAUGACAAAAAUGUGCAGUGGACAACGGUUGGACCUCCACCUAAGGAUAAUGCCCAUGGAUCUCCUACAAUGGGUGACGUCUACCCAUAUGGGCAGCAAACAGACCAAGCAAACAUGUUGUAAAUAGGAAGAGAAAAACGUACCAGUGCAAAACAGAUUUCUAGAAAGCCAUCAAGAUGUUCCUUAUUUGCUGCAUAUAUAUUUUGCUCGACUGCCAACGACGAUCACAUUUCUCGCAUGAUGCUCGACUUUUUU